UGCGAGGGGAGGGAGCCGUCUGCCUUCCGCUUUGGGCAGAAGGAUAGACACACAAUGAGUAGACGAGGCUGGGUAGAAGCUCCACUAACGCCGCUGUAAAUAUAUCCAUCAUUCACUGAGGCCAGAGAAACAUGGAGAACCAGUGCACUGUGCAGGUAAAACUAGAGUUGGGCCACCGAGCUCAGCUAAGGAAGAAGGUGACAUCAGAAGGCUUCACCCACGACUGGAUGGUGUUUGUCCGAGGCCCAGAGACUGGUGACAUCCAGCACUUUGUAGAGAAGGUUGUCUUCCGCCUGCACGAGAGCUUCCCCAAACCCAAGAGAGUAUGCAAGGAGCCUCCGUACAAAGUGGAGGAGUCGGGCUACGCAGGUUUCCUCAUGCCUAUUGAGGUUUACUUCAAGAACAAGGAGGAGCCCAAAAAAGUGUGUUUCAACUACGACCUUUUCCUUAACUUGGAGGGCAACCCACCAGUCAACCACCUGCGCUGUGAGAAGCUCACCUUCAACAACCCCACCAAAGAAUUCAGGAGAAAGCUGAUCAAAGCUGGAGGGGUGUUGGUGGUCCCCGAGGGGGCGGAGGCCAUGUCAAGGCCAAGCCCAGACUACCCCAUGCUCCCCACCAUCCCCCUCUCUGCCUUCUCAGACCCCAAGAAGACCAAGACCUCUCACGUGUCAAAGGAACCCAGCAAAGAAGGAAGUGGAGGCAGCAGCAAAGGACCCAAACCACACAAGUUAACCAAGGAGCACCGAGAGCGGCCACGCAAGGACUCUGAGAGCAAAGCCGCUUCAAAAGGGGACAACGAUAGAGACGGAAGCAGCAAGCCUGGCCGCGAUCCUUCCUCUUCCUCGUCUUCAAAAAAGCCGUCAGACAUCAAAGUGAAAGAUGAAGUAAAGGUCCUCCCCAAGGCGGCCUUCAAGGAGCCUAAAAUCACACUGAAGGACUCAAAGAUGGAGGGAAUGUCUCCGAAAGGAGGGGGGGCCGGUAGCGGCGGAGGAGGCGGGGGAGGAGGUGGCGGAGGGCCGCCGGAGCCCAAAGCACCGGGGAAACGACCGUCCACGGUGGAGUCUCCCAAACCGAGCGCUAAGAAGCAGAAGAAGGCCAGCUCCGAGGGGCCGAAGGGGCCCACCGGCAGCGGGGCCUUCACAGGAACCUCCCCCCGUGUAUCGUCCUCGUCCGCAGCAAACCAGUCGUACGCUGAGAAGAAGCCUCCGAAGGAGAAGGGUCGCUGGUUCCCAAGCAAAAACGACACGCAGGAACUGAAAGAGGCCAAGAAACUACAAGACUCAGAAGAGUCGAAUUCAGAGGAUGAAGCAUCGUCAAAAUCAGAGCCGUCGGUUCCCUCCAGUCCUUCCACUCAAAGCUCCAGUUCAGAUUCCAGUUCAGACUCUGACUUUGAGCCGGGACAGAAACAAGGACAAGGCCCCCUGCGAUCCAUGGUGGAGGAGAUCCAGUCUGAAGAGUCCGAUGAUGAUGACUCCACCUCAGAGGAAGAAACGCCCAUCAAAACCAACCCGCCUAACCGCGACUCUCGACUCAGCCUGGACAGCGAGAGCGACAGCAGCGACGGCUCCCACCGCCCCAGUCGAGACCCCGCCCCGCCCCCACAGAAACACAGCUCCUCCAAUAACAAAGUGUCUGUCCGAAAAAGCCCAGAUUCCUCGUUUCGCUCGGAGAAGGUGAUGAAGAAGGGAUACGACAAGGUAGGAAGGGCCUACACAGAAGAACUGGUGGACCUCCACCGCAGACUGAUGGCAUUAAGGGAGCGUAACGUCCUGCAGCAGAUCGUCAACCUGAUCGAGGAGACGGGCCAUUUCAAUGUGACCAACACCACCUUUGACUUUGACCUCUUUUCACUGGACGAGUCCACCGUCCGCAAACUACAGAGCUACCUGGAGGCGACCACGUGACAGGAAGUGGAAGCCGGCCCGCGGAUGGCGGAGGCGGCCUCGCCGCUGCGUCUGCUCUUUCGAGAGGAGACGGGUAGCCGGAUCUGUCGCAGCUCUUUCGUGGGACUGACUGAACCUUCGAACAAGCACACACGAAGACACAACUCCACCACCUACGCUCGACGCCGGGGAGAGAACUGGAGGAGCAGCAGGAGGCGUGGAAGGAGACGCCGGAGCGGCAGAACUCCGUCUGCAGUCAGGAUUUUCACUACCCAUCUCUCGUCUCGAGUCCGUGCAGUGGUGUGGAAUUCACCCCACAACCCCUCCUCCACCCUCCUGCACCCUCAUUGCUCCCGCCUCUGCAAACCUAAUACUUCCCCCUCCUCCUCUUCCUCCUCUACAUGCACACUCCUUACUCGGCAGAACACUCCGAUUCUUCCCCCCCACCCCCGUUGUCAGCUGGAGCUCAUUUCUCUCUCGACAUACUCUUGAGGUGUGUGUGUGUGUGUGUGUGUGUGUGUGUGUGUGUGUGUGUGUGUGUGUGUGUGUGUGUGUGUGUGUGUCCGAGCACUGCUGAGGUUUAAGGGGAGAUGUUGUCUUUGUGGUCACUGACUUCUCUCUGUUUGCUUGAACACAAACAGCCAGUUUGAUUCUUCCCCCGAGCAUACACCAACAUAUAAAGAAUUAAGGUAGCACUUUACUUUAUUCGCCACCUGUUUAACAUUAAUAGGCACAUAAACCUCAAACAAAUGGAUUGUGACACACUAUAAUGUAGUUGUAAGCAGAUGCGCGUUUCCUCGUGUUAUCAUAUUGAUCAGAGUUUAGCAGUUAAAGCCCAUAAAGACUUUUAGUUCUUCUUGUUUUAAGAGGUUUUCAUGCAUGAAGCAGUUUUAGGAGCAAAAAGACGAGCUUUCAUUUUCUUCUUCUCUUGUUUUCCUCUCACACGUUACUCAGAGCAGUAAAAGAUUCACUUACUGAAAAUACUACUAACGUGGUUUGGGCAAGGGUUGCAGGUGUGAUGCCGGACGUUUUAGAAGAACGCUGCGCACCGGAGAGGUCCGGUCUGAUAAUUGUGCUCAUUACGUGUGACAGCUCUUUGCCACUUGUUUUUCUAAGCCCGGUUUGGGUCUCUGCAGUAAAGAUUUGGGGACUGGUCUUUCACUUGAGUUCAUUCAUUCCCCUCUGUGGCAGUAAAAGAUGGCGCACGCGUCUUAGAAACUCCUGUAAAUAAAAGCCAGAAAGCCUUUUAGUCCCGACUCUAAGCUACAAACAAAGGCGGCGUCCUGUAGGAGAAAAGGAUCAUACACUAGACAACCACUGUUAUAUUUCACUUUUUUUUAAAUAGAAAUACGUUUCAGAGUAACAUAGUCCCGUUCAUGGCUUUUUCUUAAUGAAUUAUACUCAUCGUCUGUCUGAACAGCGGGUGUGAAACCUCAUAUGUAAUUAUAGUGUGUUAUAAACCAGUUGUUGAGUAUUUGCAGUGCUCGCGAAUGCUCAGCGUGAGGCUUUAAAGCAAAGCGGUACCGAGAUUCACGCACAUGUUUGCCUCCCGGGUCCUUCCAGCUUUGAACACUGUACAUGAAGACACUGAGACGUGUGCUGUAUGUGUGCGUGACUGAGCUUUCUGUCGUCUGAACAUCUGAAAGCGUUCUCCUCAGUUCCCCCUCUCCUUCCUCGCACUGAAAGCUGAGCCUUGACCUCCUACCAACAGCGACCCCUCCCUUCGCUCCAUCCCUCCACUUCACCCCCCCCCUCGUCCACCUCCUCCCUUCUUCCCAUAUCGGCGUGCAUGAAAGGGCUCGACUGCUCGCAGCCGGAGCAGCGGAGGGUCACUCCUGAAUUGCCUUUUAAGCGUUGGGUCGGGCACAGUAAGGUGGGGAGAAAUGGGGGGAGGGGGGUUUAAAAAGCCGUGAAAAAGUAGCCAUACUUGUCUCCCUGAUUCCAAAAAUAAAAAAAAAUAAAAAAUAGGGGCCACGCUUUUUUACAUUUUAUUUUUCUACAAGUGCAUUUUGUGUAUUUAUUCCCAGAAACCUGUGAGCUAUGAAUGUAUAUCGCUUUUACUUUUCUACGGCUAGAAACAGCCCCACUCUAGUGCCUUUUUCCUGCGACUUGCAGUGUGUAUAUGUGUGUGUGAGUGGGGAGGGGGUGCACUCUGUUAGGCAUGCCCACACAGAUUGAACCCCACCCCAGCCCCCUCCUCCCCUUGGGGAAACUAGUAUUAAUUGGAAUGCCUGACUAUCCAGUAUUUUCCUAAUAGCUUCCAUCCCUGCUUCUCUCCAGUGUCUCUGUAGGCUGUCGCCCCUUUUUAUCGAUUUCCACUCAUCGAGCCCUCUGGGAAUUUUCAGAAGGCGGCCAAGAUUUUGUUGGCCAGUUUUGGAAUUAGGUGUUUUAACGCGUGGUAGUUCCUUCCAGUGCGUGCUGUUCAAUAGGCUCCUCCUUCAAGCAGCGUUAAGCGUACCAGCUAACAGCCAAGCGUCCGAUAUCAAGUCGCCAGGCACUUGAACGGCAUCGCUAAUAGAUGUGAAUGCAAGAAAAUAAAGACGCUGGUCUUUACAUCAGGAAUCGGACUGCUGGUCUCACAAAGCUGGCUUCUUCUAACUAAUCGGAUCAGUGACUGUACGCUGCGUGGCUCAUUCUCUUUAAAAAUGAUGGUGAUCAACAUAUUGGCUUUAUGCGCUCAACAUCUCAAACAUUUAAGACGUGUUAAAAAAUAGUUUAACCCAGAGGUAAUGAUAUUAGAGACUAGACUGUACUUAGUUUGUUUAUUUUAAAGCCAAUAUUGAUAUUAAAGGCUUUUAAUAAUCUGAUCUAAUUAUAAUGUAAGUUUAUGUUGAGCGGUUUUCAUUUUCUUCCCCGUUGCUCUGCGGUGCUUCGAGCCAGAUCUUUGGUGUUUGUGAGCCUACUUCGGCUCCGGUAAGCGUGCUAGCCGUGGUGAUUUAUGCAUUAAUGAUCAGGACCUAGUCAACAGAGUACUUGAACAAAGUCAGAAGUGACAAUCAUCAGUAACGCCCGCUUUAAAAGUUCAUCGGAAAGCACGUCGACGCACUGAAAUGGUGUUGAAUGAUGGAGGUCGACUGCUGUAAACGACGAUGAGCUUUUGUGUGGUUGAGAGUACUUUGCACAGUGAUUUGAACAAUUUAACUCUAAUUGAAUUGGCAAAAACUAUCCUGGCGUGUUUAGUGUGACCGCAUUUAACAGACACCAUCCCACCAGGUCAUAGAAGCUCCGCCUUCUCCUCCUGCGGUGGACUAAAGGCCAAUCAUUUGUAUGCAAUAGUUUUCUUUGCAUCAAACCGUACUGUAAAAAGAUCAUAACACACCAGAGAAGCACAAAUGUCGCUUUCUUCACUCUGUGUAAUAGAGUCCACUGUAAUAUCUACUCUUAUUUUUAGCUCUUAGUGUUUGAUUGUUUUCUCUUUACAGUCUUUGUAUUUACUGUAUAUCGUUUACUUGUUUUUGUUUCUCAGACUCUGUCUAUGCUCUAUAUAUCUAUAACGCUGCUGCAGAAGUUCCCCCUAACGGGAUCUUCAGUUUUAUCGAACAUUGAUGACACUACUCUCGAUCGUGAGUAGCUUCCUGUUGCGUAAUCUGAACAAACGUCUGCUCGACACAUUCAGGAGCCAGUUUUGUGAGGCCCAAACGAGUCAGGACUGAGCACCAGUUCUGGACUUAUUUGGGGCCUCGAUGUUGGUUUUUGUGGCCCCCUUUAGGCUUCACGCUCUCUCAGACACCAGCCCACUGAUCUCCUUCCUCGCUCUUUCCUUUUCCUGUGCUUCUGCCCUGACGUUCCGAUAGCUUUAAUACUUCGCUCUCUCCUUCUGUUGCCUGCCUGGCUCGGCGCCGCACUCCCUCUGCCCUUACCGUAGACGCCUCACGAACACGGACGAUGUCUCAAAAUCAAAACCGGCAUCAACGCCACCUCAUGUGCCCUGCAGUAGCCCCCCCUCCCGCCCCUCCCUUCUUCCUCCCUCUGCGCCACCUUCAUUUUUCCCGAGGUGUGCCUCUGUCAGCAGAACUUCAGGCCCGAGAGUGAAUUUUGCAGCCGUGUGAGUGACGAUAGUGCAUCUUGCCUGCGUGUUUGUCAGCGAUGGGAGAGAAUUUCCAACGAACAACUUUCCUCUCUGUCCUCUGUGCACCGAUGUGGGAACUUGGAAGUCCUAGUUCAUGAACUCUGACCUUUGACCGGGCGCUCAUUCGGUCCCUUGUGGUCGUGGCGGAGACAGUGAGUUAAGUGGGAGAAGCCCCACUAUGUACCCACAGUCAACGUUUUAUUUAUGGACCUCUGCACUUUUGGCUGUGAUGACUUCAGUACUUAAGUAGUUACCUAAACUGUAUUUUUAAGGAUUUUAUACAAUAUUUACAUGCAAUACAAUAUGAAUUGAGUUUGUUUUGUUUGCCAACCAUUUGUUUCUUAUUUAAUUGUCUUUUAUUUUGGCAUGUGUUCUCGCUAUUAUUCACAAACAUGCCUGUCGAUCUGUUUUAGGCAUAAGAUGUUGGGGAUGUUCCCUGUAAAAAUAAGUUUUUUUGUUUUGUAUCAUGAUUCUGAUGACAGCUGAACACCGAGAAGCACGUGUUUGGGCGGGCGGGUGAAAAACAAACAAAACAAAACUGCUGGAUGAGCUAAACUUUCACCCUCUGCCCCGAGUACAAAUAACUGGACCACAAGGCGGGACGUGAGGAGUCCACACUUUGGUUCAGCAGAAGAAAAACGGUUUGUUUUUCUGUCGUGUCCAGUUUGGGUUUUCUGCACGUUCGUAAAUGUGCGCGCCCAAACGUAGACUGUCAUCUUCAUUUUAUUAUGUUAGGACAACUUGAGCCUGAGGAAACACAACAUAGAGAAACAAGAGUUGCAAAGUGGGAGGAGAUGCUCUGGAAGUUAAAGUGCUAUUCAUUUUUCCUGGUUUGUUAUUUGUUUAAAUGUUUGAACCCCUCUCUGGCUUGGAUCUGCAUAAAACACUGAAAACUGUCUUAAAUAUUAAUAUCUGUCUCAGAAGAUGUGCUUUAAUGACUGCAACUUGCAGCAAGCAGUAAAGAUGACAAGCCUGAGUGAUUAUCGUUAAUGUUGAGGAACAUUAUAGAAGGGAAUGGGAGAUAGAUGGGAGAAACCCCCCAGCUGUCCCUUCCCUUUGCAACUCUGUGCACAGGGCUGUGAGAGUGGAGCAUUUCAGCUGAGUCUAUAUUAUAUAUAAUAUGUGUUUAAUACAGCAAAGGUAGAUUAUCUACUGUGUGGAUCUUUAGAGGAUGAGGAAAAAGCAAAAAAACAAACAAAAAAAAA